AUGGCUGGCCUUUGUUGCUGUCUUCCUCCAUCCCGGGGACCAAGUUUCCAGCCGCCGCCAGGUCCCAUCGAGGACACCAUCGAAAGAUCAUUAGAGCCUCCAUGCUCCCGGAAUUCUAUUCGUUCCCAAAGUGAAAUACAGCCCAAACAAACGCAACCGCAGAUUGCAAGUGGAAACAGCUGCAGUGGUACUCCCAUCGCUCUGGGCGUGCCGACCGAACUUGAUGAGUUGGUAGUCGAUGAUUCCGAGAGCGAAUGCAAUCAAGCCAGGCUUGCCAGAAAGACAAGCUCUGUUCUCGAUGCCAUACGCACAAGGUUAAUUCGCCAGUCUCCAAGUGAGCGUGAGACCAUCCAGCGCUCUCGCAUCUUUCCUGGCAACAGCGAAAACGAAGUUGCCCGAAGAGCAGAGCUCAGACGACUGAGACAACAGAGAAUUCAAGAAGAACUCGAUGGAGCGCGUAACCAGGAAGAUCAGAGCAUCGCAUCCUCUCACAGAAACACACCCUGUUUUUCUUCAUUGACCAGCCUGACAAACCACGGAGGGCCACGAGACACCAUAGAGUUCCUUGUCCUGGAUAAAAAUAUGUCCUCUCCAGUUGAGCAUUCCACCAAAACAAGUUUCAAGUCGUCGGAUACCUUCAACGGAAGGAAGACAGCCCCCCUACAGUCCCCAUCAUACGACUCCUUGUUGUCCUCCGCCAAUUUUCAGCAGGCCCCCAACAAUAACAAUCAGACGGGGCAAUGUGAGGAUCAGAAUGAUAAGGUCAUACCACAGGUUCCCUGUUUGACGAACUCUCCAACUAGCCCACAAUCAGACGUAGCUCCCCCAUCUCAUCAAACAUCAAAUCGGGCUGAGCAAUCUUCCGAAGACUAUCAGUCUGCUCUCAAUACAUGGCUGAUGGCCCAAAAACUUUCGUUAACCGAAAGUCCCGGAAUAAGCACAGAUGAUUCGGAUGGCAAGGAAUUCACCGUGCCAAGGCACUCUUCACCCUCUCCGGAGAAUCAGAAAGACAACGUAUUAAAGGACCUAUCAGCGGACUUAUCUGUGAUAACCAAGAACCUUUCAGACGACAGUAUAUCGAAGGGAUCUGAUAAAAUGUCCACAAUCUCUGAAAUCUCAUUGCGAAAUACUGCGGGUGCCGCCUCCAAUGUCGAUAUCGAGGAGCAAGGGCAGGCCAACUACAAGGAUAUCCCGGUACUAGAGAAAUCAAGUUCCCAAGAACUAGCCGAAAGCUACGCCGCUGCACUCGCAUUCAACUCUCAACUAGACAAUGGCUCCUCGAAUUAUAACUCUGUUAGGCCUAGUUUUCAGCCAAGCCCCGUUCGUUCUUAUCUAAAUCUACACCACCUUGACCCCCAAGAUCUCAAUAGUGUCACCUGGAUUCCCUUUCGAUGCCACGAGAUUGGUUCUGAUUCCACGGGGUCAAUAAAUCUCGGUAGAUCGAGUUCCUAUGCAACAGCAGAAGUUGAUUUCAACUCCGACGCAGCAGAAAGACACUCUCUGGUGUCUCGCGAGUUAAGCCAAGAUAGUGCAGAGCUUUCAUCGGCCAGAAUAUCCGAAACAGGAAGUGUUCUGAUCCGAGAGACUGAACUUGCCUCUGCCAAGAAUAAGCUUGGAGAUACCUUGCCCCGAGGCGAACCUGUUGAAAAACUCGACGGUCAGUUCAAAGACUGUUUUUUAAAUAUUGACGUCGCGCGUACGGUACAUGCGUCUAUCUCUUAUGGUACUCGCCCUAAGAGGAGUGAAGGAAAGAGUGCGCAGAAAAGCCACGAAACAACUAGGCAUCAUCGAGUUAUUUCUGUUGGAGCGAGUUCGUACAGGCCGACAGAAACUAGGAAGCGGACUACUGAAGACGGAUUGAAGCCAGCCGAAAGAUUGAACACCGCCGGCAACCCUGAGCUGGAGGAGGGUGUUGCUAUACUAUGGAAAGAAGCACGUAUAAUUCCAGCACAUCAGGCAGUUACUUCAAUUGAUGGGCUCAACCCAUACCGGGCCAAAACCAAUGUCAGGGGAAAGAGAAAGCCAAAGAAACGCGACGCUAGGCGAUUGUACUCCCCUCGCCCAUACACCUCAGAACCAUUGCAGCCUGAACGAGGAACAAUUGAUAUAACCUCGCUCCCACCCAGCAAUCAAUAUAAUGCCCUCCAGAAUUCGGCCCAUAAUACACCGUCGGAUAUCGGAGGAUUGACAGCAAUAACUUCAAGGAAUCUUGGAAUGCCUCCUAAAUCAUGGUCAAGAUAUCCCUCACACACGCGCCACGAGAGAAAUGGACUGGAAGAAGUAGGGUUCCGUGAUUUUGCCCCAGCACUACCUGAUAGACUUGAGACAAGUUAG